AUUUGAUAAAACCUAGAUUUCAUUCCAAUUACGAUUUCGAUUUGUACUUCCAAAAUCUGAAAACACAUUAACACGUUUGAUUGUGUUGAAAAUCCAAAGAACACAAACAUAUAAAACAAACAAAAAACAUCAUCAUUCUUUCUUCUCUCUCAGUUGUGAAUUGUGUCUAUUACCUUGUUGAUUGAUUCAUUCAUCAAAUCACACACCGAGAGAGAAACAAAACCAAGUUCUGUGGCUAUGGCAGAAACAGAUCAACUACCAGAAGGAACAUUACAGAACGUUCUAGACCAAGAUUCUCUCAAGUGGGUUUUCGUUGGUGGCAAAGGUGGUGUUGGUAAAACAACAUGCAGUUCUAUUCUCUCUAUUCUUCUCGCUUCUGUUCGUUCUUCUGUUCUCAUCAUCUCAACCGACCCUGCUCAUAAUCUCAGCGAUGCUUUUCAACAACGCUUCACAAAAGUCCCUACUUUGGUUAAUGGUUUCUCCAAUCUUUAUGCCAUGGAGGUGGAUCCUACCGUUGAGCAUGAGGAUAUGGGUGGUAAUGAUGGGAUGGAUAAUUUGUUCAAUGAGCUAGCUGGUGCAAUUCCUGGAAUUGAUGAGGCCAUGAGCUUUGCUGAGAUGUUGAAAUUGGUGCAGACAAUGGAUUAUUCUGUUAUUGUAUUUGAUACUGCUCCCACCGGUCAUACACUUAGACUGUUGCAAUUCCCAACAGUUUUAGAGAAGGGUCUUGCAAAAGUGAUGUCUUUGAAAAAUAAAUUUGGGGGUUUGUUUACCCAGAUGACUCGCAUGUUUGGCAUGGGUGAUGAUUUUGGUGAAGAUGCACUCCUUGGGAAGCUUGAAGGAAUGAAGGAUGUAAUUGAACAAGUUAAUCGGCAAUUCAAAGAUCCAGACAUGACAACCUUUGUCUGUGUUUGCAUUCCCGAAUUCCUCUCGCUUUAUGAAACAGAAAGAUUGGUUCAAGAACUCACAAAGUUUGAGAUCGACACACACAAUAUCAUCAUUAAUCAAGUCAUCUUCGACGAUGAAGAUGUUGAAUCCAAGUUACUUAAAGCAAGAAUGAAAAUGCAACAGAAGUAUUUGGAUCAGUUUUACAUGUUGUAUGAUGACUUUAACAUUACUAAGCUUCCACUUCUUCCACAAGAGGUUACUGGUGUUGAAGCGCUGAGAUCAUUUUCAAGACAUUUUAAGACACCAUAUCAAUCGAUAUGCAGUAGUGAUCAAGUAGAGAGGUUAGAGAAUAGAAUAACAGCGCUACAACGUCAGUUAAAAGAGGCUGAAGAAGAAUUGGAGAAAGUCAAAAGGGGGAAGCAAAGGGCUUGAUUCAUUGCUUCUAUUCAUUUGAAUAAUGCUGCCAUUAUUGUAUGCCCUUUUUGUUCACAUUUUAUUUUUUGAAGUCUACAAACUUAUAAAGCAUCAUCUUCUUUUCUAUUUUGGGAUGCUAAUAGAAGUUCAUUCUCUAUAUGGUUCUAUUUUAAUUAAUGUAGCUUUUUCUCAUGUAAACCAAAAAGGAAAGGAUAAAAUUUGUGAGGGUAGUCUUUAUUUGUUUGAAGAAUAUUCUUUACUUGUA